GCCACUACCUCGGUGUGCGUCCAAACCUCUGAUUAUGUAUUUAAUGAAUAGAAUCCCCAUCUCUCCCAACGAUUGUAGUCUGUUCCUUACAAUUUCGUCUCGUUGUCGCUAUCGCCAUCAUAUCGCAGAGGGAUCGUAUUGUCGACAUCCACCAAUACUGUGACACCACUUGGUCCCACCAUGCGCGGGGUGAACCUCCUUGCGCUUCUGGCAGUGGUGACUACUGUCGCAGCCGUAAACAUGCAUGUUGACUUCACUCAGGCAUGCUGGACAGUCGUGAACGAGUCGAUACAGCAGAAUCCUUCCCUCGCAAACGAAACAACACUACAAUGCGGACAAUCAUAUUCCCCAUCAACACCGCCAGCGCUGAAUGUCAACAUUUCCCUGCCUGUUUGUAUCGAGAGAUGGCCUGGCUGGCAGAUGUCGGACGUUACAACGCUCAAUCAAUGGGUCGGCCCUCUUGUCGGUUUUCUCCUACCGGCACUCGUUUUCGUACUGGUCAUACCUCGAAACUACAGGGUACCUCGAGGUGAUCCAUUUUUCAACAAACACAUAAUCGUCAGCGUCCUCUGGCUGAUCUUUGCCUUUUGCUUGUUGAUGUUGGACGUCCUGAUAUGGAUCAUGAUGGUGUUUGGACUUGCCGGCCUAAUUAUCGUCGGAGCGAUAGACGAGGGUUUGAAAGACCGGAGAAUUCUGCGGAGUAUCGAGAAAGCGGGAGAGCAUGGGAUCUACUCUCGAGCACAAGCAAGCUAUGCACUUGCGGUAACGCUGGUGGGGACAAUCAAGCCUCGUGAAGAUCUGCACGAUGUCCAACCGAACGGCCUUGUCGGCGAUGUUAUAGCGCAAAUCUGCGACACACCAAACCUUAUACAUGCAAAGGAGAAAUUGGGCCAACUACUUAACCAGCAAAUGUCCUAUGGUAUUCAAAUUGGGGCUCCGGUUGUCUUUUACCUUGGGCCGUAUGUCUACUCACUGUUCGAUGCAACGUCGAGACUAGGUGACAACGAUACCGCUCAUGCGAUCGCGUUCGGUCUGUGGUAUGGUUUGAUUGUCCUGACAGCGACUUCAUGUUGUUGCGUUGUUGGACUGAAUGACCCUUCGUUGAUCGAAGGUAUAUUUGAUACUCAUGUCGAAAAGCCACGGACGGUGAAGGCGUUCUUCUCUCCAUACGAGUCACAGCAUCGCUCUGUCUGGAUAUUCAACCGUCCUUGGUGUGCUCGAACCUGGGCAAAUGCUAAGAUCGUGCAUGUUGGUAGUCCUGAUAACGACAAGGCAAUACAUCCUAAUGUCCGGAAGAUCUUGAACUCCAAAGGACUCAGUGUACUUUCCUGCUUUUUGGCCAUCUCGGCAAUCUCUAUCAUCUGUGGUCUUGCCUUCUCAAUCUCUUUCUUCACGCCCCGAAUUGGCUUUGGCUGCCGGGCAACAACGAUCCUAUGCCAUGGCGCCUCUCAGAUCAUCCUGAUCAUGUGUUGGUUUUAUUACAACGAAGAGGAUGAGAGAAAAACACAAUUAAUCAAAUGGCCAGUAUAUAUCCUUUCGGGCUUGUUGUUCAUGUUCUCGGUCUUCAUCGCCAUUGGAGGUACCAUCAUGCAACUCUUGGGCGUGUAUCGAAACUGUAUCUGUAAAGCUGGAUUGAGGUUCUGGUUCGAUCAAGCGCCAGGUGUUGUCAACGGAUACUCAGCAGGAUCGAGAUUAUGGGUAUCUGUGGAUCAAGAUAGGAACAGCUGGUAUCUCUUAUGUUGGAGUGUUUUGUAUCUUGGGAUGGGAAAUUUCAUGAGAAUGAAAGCUAAGACGAGGGAGCAAAUUGAAGCCUUGAGAUAGGUGACACCUCACUGUUGAAAUGUAUCAGUCCUUUGCGAAUAUCCAACUUUGUUUGCAGGAAGAAGGCAUUUUGAUAUGUCUCUCAAGCCCAUGUGUGUUCGAAUAGUGGACUCGUAUUAUUCGAAGGGCAAAAGACAUCGCUGCGACGUUUGGAAU